AUGGCUACCCGCGUCUUUGCUCUGCUUCUCUUAGCCAUCCCGAUUCAGGCGCAAUCUCCAGUCUGGGGACAAUGUGGUGGAAUUGGUUGGUCUGGCCCAACAACUUGUGUCGGAGGCACGACCUGUGUAUCAUAUAGUCCAUAUUACUCGCAAUGUAUCCCCAGUACACAGGCUUCAUCGACAAUUGCAUCUACGACGCUGGUCACAUCCUUUACGAGCACAUCUGCUACGAGGACUUCGGCAUCAACACCCCCAGCCAGUAGUACGGGCGCAGGCGGCGCGACAUGCUCUGCGCUACCGGGCUCCAUUACCUUGAGAGCCAACGCAAAGCUCAACGACCUGUUUACAAUGUUCAAUGGAGACAAGGUUACUACCAAGGACAAGUUCUCGUGCCGCCAGGCAGAAAUGUCAGAGCUGAUCCAGCGAUAUGAGCUCGGCACUCUGCCAGGUCGGCCCAGCACCGUCACCGCAUCAUUCUCUGGAAAUACAUUGACCAUCAACUGUGGAGAGGCUGGAAAGUCAAUAUCAUUCACUGUCACUAUCACAUACCCAUCUUCCGGAACGCCACCAUAUCCUGCGAUUAUUGCUUAUGGGGGCGGCAGUCUUCCAGCUCCAGCGGGGGUUGCCAUGAUCAAUUUCAACAACGACAACAUAGCAGCCCAAGUCAACACUGGCAGCCGCGGACAGGGCAAGUUCUACGAUCUUUAUGGGAGCACGCACUCUGCGGGCGCCAUGACCGCGUGGGCUUGGGGAGUAAGUCGAGUCAUCGACGCUCUUGAGCUGGCGCCAGGAGCAAGAGUUGACACCACCAGGAUUGGCGUGACGGGGUGUUCACGAAAUGGAAAAGGCGCAAUGGUCGCAGGUGCCUUCGAGAAACGAAUCGUUUUGACGCUUCCCCAGGAGUCGGGCGCUGGUGGCUCUGCGUGCUGGAGAAUCUCGGACUAUUUGAAGUCCCAAGGAGCUAAUAUUCAGACUGCAUCUGAGAUCAUUGGCGAAGACCCUUGGUUCUCAACUACGUUCAACAGCUACGUCAACCAAGUGCCGGUAUUGCCGUUUGACCACCAUUCGCUUGCUGCCUUGAUUGCGCCGAGAGGCUUGUUUGUUAUCGACAACAAUAUCGAUUGGCUGGGUCCACAGAGCUGCUUUGGCUGUAUGACAGCUGCUCAUAUGGCAUGGCAGGCUUUAGGUGUCUCGGACAACAUGGGCUACUCGCAGAUUGGAGCCCACGGACACUGCGCGUUCCCGUCAAACCAGCAGUCACAACUCACUGCUUUUGUCCAGAAAUUCUUGCUCGGCCAAUCUACAAAUACCGCAAUCUUCCAAAGCGAUUUUUCGGCUAAUCAAAGCCAAUGGAUUGACUGGACAGUCCCCACGCUGACUUGAGUCUUC